AUGGAAUUGUCACAUGAAAUACUAGAUACGAUAGAUAUUAAUAAUGAUAAAGAUGUGAUGGAAAUACUAAAACAAGCAAUUUCAGAAGAAAACAUUAUACUUGAGUCAGAAGCUACAGAGGAUUCUGUAGAAACAGAAAUAGAAGAAAUUAUAGAAAUAAUAGAAGAAAUAGAAGAAGAUAAGGAAGAAUCAUCACAAGAUAAUGUUACUUUCACAGAAAAUAAAAUUAUAAAACUUGAAAUUGAAGAUUAUGCUUUUGAUGAAGAUAAUUCAGAUUUCAGAACAGAAGCUGAUAAAGAAAGUGAAAAGAAAGAUCAAUUCCAUAACAGUAGUAAUAAGCAAGUUAUAACAUAUGAUGUAGAUGAAGACUGGCAAGAUGAAGAUAUGGAAGAGGAAGAAGAAGAAGAAGAAGAAGAGUAUGAACAGAAUUCUGAUAUAUUGAAUGAUUGUACAGAAUCUUUACAAGGACAAAGAAUACUCAGUAGUGAUAAAAAGUCUGUAAAUAAUCAAACAAUUUCUUUUACUUCACAAACAAAUAGAUUAGAAUCUAGAGAUAAUGUAGAACCUUCAGAUAAAAUUGAAAGAUCUAAAUCAAGUCACGACUUUAAAAAUAACGUGAAUAAUGAUGAAAAUGUUGAUAAUAAUAUAAAUCAUGAAAUCGUAAAGAAUGUAGAAAAUAAUCUAUUAUACACUGUACUUGGUACAAAGAAGCAAAGUUCUGUGAAAACACUACAGGCAGAUAAAUCUUCAGAUGCCCAUUAUAUUAAGAUGGAGCAACUCGACGAAAAUACUAUACCAGUUGGAGGAACAAUUUAUUAUGAAGGAGAGAAUAUAGAAACGUUAUAUGUUGCACAAACUGUAGAUGACAAUGAACAGUAUCCUUAUGAUACUGCAACAAUGGAAAAUGAUGACCAAACAUGGGAAGCAUGUAACUCUGAUACCAAUCAAAAUCAGGAAAAAGAGAACUCUCAGGACCAAAUAUUUUUACAUGAAGAUGAAGAUGGUCAAUUAUACUUCAAAGAUGAUACUGGUGCUUUACAGCCAGUAUACUUAACUGAAGAUGGACAUUAUGCUAUUGCAGAUACUACUGAUGAUUAUGAGGGCAAAGAACUACAAGCUAAAUCUCAACAAAAUGUCAGACAAAUGGAAGAAGAAUCCUUCUCUGUGACAGAUAAUGAAUUAAAAUCUACUCAUAGUAAUAAGCAGAAUUCCAUCGUAUCUACCACCGAUCUUGAUAACGAAGACAAUACUGUGACUAUAUCCCUGAUAAUAUCUGAGGAUGAACAUGGACAGAAAAGAACACAAGUCAUUAUACCAACAACGGAUAACUUAAAGUGUGAUAUUUGUAACAAAAGCUUUAAAACAUCGUUCCAAUUACUUAGACACAACAGACUGAAACACGCCCGUGAAGAAGAUAUUACAACUAGAAAUUUCCCAUGCGACUUAUGUCCUAAAAGGUAUCCAGAUCAGAAUUCUUUAGCUCGUCACAGAAAGACUCAUACCGGUGAUCGACCAUUUCAGUGCCUCGAGUGUCAUAAAAACUUUCCAACAUCUACCGCUCUACGUCGUCACUUAACGCUUCAUAAUUCGAAAUCUCGACCUCUUCCGUGCAUUUACUGUGGUCGUCGCUUCGUAGAAAAAGCUAGUCUGGUUAAACACGAGCAGUCGCAUUUGGCUGGUGAUCAGCGGAACCACACAUGCGAUGUAUGUCAUAAGUCAUUCUUACAUGCAACUGAACUGAGUCUACAUAAAAAGUAUCAUGAUCCUGAUAAGAAAUUUGACUGUGAGGUUUGUGGUCGAGAGUUCAACCGAUUGAACAAUUUGCAGAGACAUAUGAUGGUACAUCAACAACAAGGAGCAAACGAAGAGAUACUUUCUUGCGAUGUAUGUGGUAUCACUUAUAAAUUCAUGAGCUCGUUGACGAGGCAUAUGGUAACGACACACAUGAACCCCGAGAAAUUGAGGCAACAAGCGGAAGAACAACGAAGAAAGCGCGAAAACAAUUAUCGACGCUACCUAGAAAAUCGAAAAAUGUACGAUACACAAAACUCAGGAGGAUACGGGACAAAACGCAAUUAUCACAACACGCGUAUUCUCAGCGGAAAUAAUGAUGACGCAGCUUGA